AUGAAGAAAAGCAUUCGAUCGCUUGUUAGUUUGUUCUUUGCGCUGUUAAGCCUGUCGGCGUGCGCACAGGCCCAAUCCGAGUCGUUCUCAUGGGAUUCAAUCCAACCAACCCAGACCGUCAACCUAACCUGGCACCGCUGCAACUUCGACUUCGAAUGCUCCACUCUGGAAGUUCCCUUGGACUAUACCAACCCCACAGGACCCAAAGCCUCAAUCGCCUUAACGCGCAUGCCAGCAAGAGUUCCACGCACCUCGGAGGAGUACAAAGGGCCUAUCCUCUUCAACCCCGGGGGGCCGGGGCAAAGUGGAAUCGACUUUAUCCACACACUUGGGUACUGGCUCGCAAUUGAACUUGGUCCUCAUUUUGAUCUUGUUGGGUUUGAUCCGCGAGGCAUCGCCCGUUCCACACCCCGCGUCUCACUCUUCAAAACCCAAGCCGAGCGCACUUUCUUCGAAGAAAACUACUUGAAACAAAUGGUCAGCGGUUCCGGAGAAGGCGUGUCUAAAGCAUGGGGUCUGGGACAUGUCAUCGGUAAACUCGCCACAGCGCACAACGCAGAGGAGAACAGGUAUUUAGAGCAUAUAAAUACACCCAAUACGGCUAGAGAUAUGUUGAGGAUUGUGGAAAGCUUUGGGAGGGAGAAGCUGAUGUAUUGGGGUAUUUCGUAUGGCACUGUUUUAGGCGCGACGUUUGCGACUAUGUUCCCCGACAAGGUCGAACGAAUGGUCCUAGACGGCGUCGUCAACAUGGACGACUACUACAACCUCACCUUCAGCGACGACCUCCAAGACGCCCCCACAAUCCUCACCCACUUCUUCGACGCCUGCGCAUCCGCCGGGCCCUCCACCUGCGCCUUCCACGAGUCCACCCCCUCCGGCAUCCAAUCCAAAUACCUCUCCCUCAUCAACCAAAUCCGCAACUCACCCAUCCCCGUCUAUUACCCCAAUCGUUUUGAUGGGAGGCCGGUCUACGGACUCCUCGACUACUCGAAAUUCCAAACCGUCGUUUUUUAUUCGUUGUAUAGUCCGUAUGCCUGGUUUCCGAGGCUGGCAGAGGCGUUGGCGGCGCUACAUGACGACCGAAAUCCGCAGCCGUUUUUCGAGUUGGGCGGGGCGCGGGCGUUUGAGUGUCCUUGCGAACCAGAUCAUGAGGACGAACCGGAUCGUGGUGUUGUGGUGGAAGGUGCGGCGGUUAUCGCAUGCAGCGAUGGAGCACGAAUCCCUCCCGGCUUGGAGGAGAUGAAGCAAGCUUUUGCGGAGUUUAGUGCUAAAUCAGAGUGGGCGGGUGUAUGGGCGUGGGGGCGGAUGAGUUGUCUGGGAUGGCCUAAGAAGACGCCCGGGCCUGCGCUUGAAGGACCGUAUGUCGCCAAUACGAGCCACCCCAUUUUGUUCAUCGGGAAUACCGCUGACCCCGUAACCCCACUCGCUCACGCAAAGAAAGUAUCCAAAGGAUUCCCCGGCUCCGUCGUCCUCACACAAGAUGCUCCUGGGCACGGCUCUAUGACCACAACCUCAUUCUGCACCCAACUCCGCAUCCGCGAGUACUUCAACAACGGAACACUGCCAGAAGUUGGAACCGUAUGCGACGUUGAUGCUUCGCUUUUCCCGAGUGACAACGAGGGUAAUAAGAGGAGGAACGAGGGCAAUAAAGGGGACAAUGUCAGCGAAAGAAGCUUGGAAGGCGUCAAUGUAGAACAAUGGAUGGACGCUGUCGAGAAGAUCGCGAAGGAAGCUGCGGCUCGUCGUGUCUAUGGUCCUUUGAGGACCUGA